GCCAAUCAAAGAUGACACGGCCAAAAAACGAGGAAACGCUCGUCGAGCUCUUGUAGAAAUUACGACGUGCUUUCAGCAACUUUAAAUUAGUGUACAGUAUAGUUUUGGAAGAUGAAGGUGUCUUUUGUCCUUGCAUUAACAUUCAUCUUAUACUUUAAAUCCAGAUGUAACGCUUUUUCUUCGUCAUGUCCUUACCCUCCGUCACAGUGGUGUUCGUCUCCAAUAUCAGCUUUCCAGUGCGGGGUAUUGAAACAGUGUCUCCAUGCCAACUUGACCAGGACACGUCAAGCAGCAGAAGCUGUCCAAUUGGCUGUUUACUAUGAGACGCUGUGUCCCGACUGCAUAAUGUAUCUCACGCAGGUUCUGUACCCCACAUGGGUGCUGCUGCAGGACAUCCUGACUGUCCAACUGGUUCCUUAUGGCAAUGCUCAGGAGACACCCAGUGGGAGCAAGUAUGUAUUUAAGUGCCAGCAUGGAGAACAGGAGUGCCUUGGCAACCUGGUUCAGACAUGUGUAUUGAACAUGAGUGACAAUGCCUUCCUCAUUAUCUUCUGUAUGGAGGCCUCCACUGAUGUCAUUGCAGCUGCCAAGAGUUCCUGAUUUGAGCUGGGAACGCCUCAUGAGCUGUGUGACGGGAGAUUUGGGAAACCAGCUGCUUCAUGAGAACGCCUUGAGGACCGAAGCUCUGGAUCCUCCACACCAGUCUGUACCCUGGGUGACCAUUAACGGG